GGAGAUGGAGUGCGAGCUGGGCCGGGGGCGGGGAACGGGCGGGGCGCGCUUGGGGGCCGGGCUAGCUGCUCGGUGCCUGUACUAUACUAGUGUAGUAUUUGAGCUCAGUUUAUUCAGCAUUAGAUGAGCAUAGCAGUGGGAGGAAUUGGAGUCGAUCGUAGAGACCGGCGUUAGCAAACAUGGAUACACAUAUAACUGAUAAAGAACUGUUUGAGAUAGCAAGGAAAGUGUGUUCUUCGAAAGUUUCUGAUCAUCUAUAUCAGGAUCUAGGACUCAAACUCGGACAAAGUCUUGGAAAUUUGGAAAGAAUACUUCUUGAAAAGAACAAUGAUUACCUCAGAAGCACUAUUGAAAUUUUGAGGGAAUGGAGGGAUUUGUCUGAGGCAGAGCCGAAGCGGAGCACACUUGAGGCAAUUUUAUCCUCACUAAGAAUCAAUACAUCUUCAUUGCAUACCGCACAGUCAAGUCAGUCAUCUUUAAAACAGUCUCCUGGUGACAUUCCAGAACCUAUCACUGGGAUGAUAUCGGGCACCGUCCUACGAGAGAUAGCCGACAAUCUGGAAACCGAUGACCAGAUGGAGCGUUUAGCCAAUGCCUUGGGUUGUACCAGAGCUCAAAUCAACAAAUGCAACACCACCAAUCGGUUGACUGGAUCUGUGACAACCAAAGGGACGGUUGACUUGCUGACUUCCUGGAGGGCAACAGUUCAAGCUGAACACCAGAUGAGCAGGAUGCGUGAUGCAAUGACAAGAGCCAAGCUUCUCAUGAUCAGAGACACAAUACUAGUCAGAGCUGAAAAACAGCAACAGGAAGAAAUAAGAGAGUAUCAGAGAUGCAGAGAAAGUCAACAACAGCGAGACCUGGCUGUAUCAAAUAGUCAGGAAGCUACAACCUCUGUGGAUGGUUCUGGAGAUUCAUCAUUUUCUAGCCUCGGUUCCAUGGACUCUGGAACAAAUAGAUCUUUGACAGAUCAAGGAGAGCCAGAACGUAACAUCUAUCUUGAAUUCAGCCAAGAGACGAAUCACGUUUGUAAGGUCAAAGACAUCAUCAGUAGAAACAACUGGACUUUGGUGACCGCUGCGGAUGCCGUACUUGGAGUUCCAAAGAUGAUAAGCAUCGAGGAUGCUCUGGAGGCCUGCUCUCACGUAGUCCUCAUCAUCACAAAGGAGGAUUGUGAUACGGAUGAUCUUUACCAGACUAUGACGACACACAUGGCUUUACAUCCAAGGGUGGAUGGGGGUAAUUGGAAGGGCCGGGUGAUAGUAAUCCGAUGCUGCGACGAAACACACCUUCCGCGUCACUUGCGGGUUCUAAAUAAUGCACAUAUCGAUGAUAGUAACCUCGAAGAGCGCUUGAGGAAAGCCAUUAGGGGUCAAGCGGGGAAGAAAGGAGAAUCAUCAUCUGAUGUUGGUACCAACUCCACCCAGCCGAUGGAUGAAUCCCCCAGAAUCCUUAUGAGUACUGAACCAGGCUCACAACCUACAACACCGGUGGGUUCAGAAGUGAGGCAGCUCAGCCAGCAAAUUUCCUGUAUGUCAGUUUAUGGAAAUGUUUACAAUAUUGAAUCUGUGAACAUUACAUCGGGCAGCCAUGGCGUGCCACAGGAACCCUCCGUGAUCACCCGGCAGGAGCUCAGUCAACGGUUGAACGGUCGUCGCAUAACAUUGGACGAUUGGAGAGGUCUUGCCGUUGCCUUAGGAAUGGAGGAAGUCAUUGAUAGUCUGGAAGAUCUAACAGACCCUACAGGGAAUCUGAUUAAUCUUGCAGAGCAACGGAAGAAGAUCUGUAGCCCUCAGGAUCUUGAGGAUGCCCUGAAGCGGAUGCGACGAGACGAUUGUGUGGAAGUUUUUCAGGGUGGUCCAGCACAAUUACCAUUCAACAACCGACAAAUGAUUAAAGACCGGAAGAGUAGCAGUUCUAGUAAUGAUUGAUGAAUCUGUUACUGUGCUGGCAUGGUUUAGACAAAAAGUUCUGGGACUGCAAAACUGGAAUUUCACUGCAGAAGGGGACACAUCUUCUGCCGAUUAAUAAUCUAGUCUGAAAUAUUCUAUUAAGAAAGUAACAGUUCUAGUGAUGAAUGUUGAUUCUUUCAUUGUGUAGCAGGGUUCGGAAAAUCUUGUUGAACCACAAAACUGAUUUGACAAUGAAGAAUUUCACUGGAGAAGGGGUUAAAUGACACAUGUUAUGCUGCUGCGUAAUCUGGUAUAAAGGACUUCUUUAACUUGGUGUCUGUCAUUUUGGAGAAGAUGGGAGGGCCCUGUUAAUGGUGGCAGAUCUAGGAGGAUUACAGGUUUAUACCCGCCCCCCCCCCCCCUCAAACUCCAACACCCCCUUCUCUGUUGAAGAGGGUCAUACAAGCAGAACAAGCUGGUGUAGGUUUCAAUGCGUCGCGCAGCUCAUUGUCAUUGGGUCAAACUAUGGACCUAUUGAGAGAUGGACACCCAUUGAAUAGUUAAUGAAUUCACUAACAUGUGACCAUCAUUGUGCUCUGAAUUACAUUCUCUUCAUAUUUCUCAUCCUACCGUGUUCCGGCGUCAAUUCGGCUAUGAGCUGAAAGAAGCAGUUCGUGAAUAGACAUUGAUAUUGCAUAAACUGUAUGCGCAGAAGAUGAUAAAUCACUUAAAUCCUAGAAAAUUGAUGUGCAGUUCUGGCUUACCUUUGGAAAUCUUAGUUCCAUGUGUUUUGCUUCGGAAAAUGUAUGCAUAUUUUAAGAUAGAGGCAAUAUUGUGAUUGAUUGUCUUUUAUUUAUAAUCCCAUUUUUCUAAUUUUCCUCUUAAUAUUCCAGAGAUACAUGGCUCAUAUCGUGCAGAGAGCGUUUAUCUCUCAAUGUUAUUGAGGUCAUUAUGUGCGUGCGGAGGUAUGCAGAUCAAAAUAUGUCAGAAAUUAUCUGCUUCAAAUCUAAUGCAUGUUGAUUGAAAAGCAUUUUCUACCAUGUACAGGGCAUCAGCCAACAAAACCAAAACCAGGAAAGCUGCCCCUUUGUAUAUAAUCAGAUAUGCCUUGGUAGUAGCUAUUGUCAAAACACCUGUAUGUUCUCAUUAAGAUGCACAUAGUUACUAGAAUAAAACACUGAUGGGGGACUGUGCUCUCACAGUAAUGUUGUAGGACCACCAAAGUUCUGGAAUCGACCGGUUAUUAAGUUGGAAUUGAAACAAUGACAAAGAAUCAAAACUUAAGAAAGAUUCAAUAGUCACUUCCCUUUUGUAAUAUCAUAAAGGCUAGAAAUAACAUAAGAAAAGGAAAGUGGAUAUGUGACAUCAUCAUCAGCCCACCUAAUGAAUAUUCAUGAUGACAUAACUGUUUAAAAACUUUAUAACCUUUAAAAUUCAAUAACUUAGUUAUUUGUUAUCUGAUUUUGAAGGAGGUUUCAGCAUUUUGCUCAGUGAAUUUUAUUCUAUUUAGAUAUAAUUAUCUAUCCCAGCGUACCCCUGUCAAACAUAACAUGUAUUCAAACUUUCAAAGUAUAUAUUUUAUUAAAAGAUAAAAAUGGUAAUUUCAGUGUCAAAAAGUUAACAAUGCUGCUAUGUAUAGAUUGUUAUGUCUGAUGUACAUGAGUCCACCGAUGGUAUUCUACUUUAUUUUUUUUAUUGGGAACUUAGGUGUUAUUCUAGUUUGAUAGGAAAUCAACUUUGAGACUUAAUGGAGUCUACCUCCUGUAUUGUAUAAUCUGGUCAAGGGAUGCUUUGGGCUGAAGAUAUUUAUAUCUCAAUAACUAGAGUAUAAUUCACAGAGCAAAAAGCUGAAAAUUUGAUCAAAAUCGAAUAACAAAUAACGAAGUUAUUGAAUUUCAAAGAUUUGCAUGAUUCCGGUGAAACAGUUCUAGGCAUAUCUUCAUGAAUAUUCAUUAGGUGGGCUGAUGAUAUCAUAUCCCCACUAGUUCUUUUGUAUUUUACUAUAUGAAAUUAAGUUUAUUGAAAUAUUCCUACCAAGAACUAAAACAAUUGGAUUGACAACUGAUUAAGUGCAUUAGUUAUUUCUUGCUGCAACUUAUUUCACAAUAAUGGAAACACAUUAAUGAAAAAUCGAAACAAUUAUGAUUUCUUGUAAUAACGUUAAAAAAAAGUGGGGAUGUGACAUCAUCAGCCUACCUAAUCAAUAUUCAUGAAGACAUGCCUAGAACUGUUUCACCGGAAUAACGCAAAUCUUUAAAAUUCAAUAACUUUGUAAUUUGUUAUCUGAUUUUUAUGAAAUUUUCAGCAAUUUGCUCUGUGAAUUUUACUCUUUUUAUUGAGCUAUAAAUAUUUUCAGCCUGGAGCAUCCGUUUAUAGUGGAUUAUGAUAUUUGAUAUAGAAGAUCAAAUAGUGCAGAUAAUGAUUGAAUACAAAACUUGUGUUUUUUAAAAACAUGAAUAGCACUUUUAUAGAUUGUUAUAUUUUUACACAGAUUUUUACUCAUGUAAUGUACAUUAUGGUGUACCAAACUGCCAGUACUAUUAUAUUAGUUAUUAUCUAAUACAGUUAUUAACACAUUGUUGAUACGUAUAUGUAUGCUGAUAACAUGGAGCUAUACUCUUAAUAGCUCCAUGGUUAUAAGCUGGUGGGGUAUUUUUUAAACACAGGAUUCGCGUAAUGUGUUUAUUAUGUACAAACUUUAUUUGAUGUUAUUUUAUACGGCAUUUAUACACACUUGUUGUCAAUGAUUAUAUUCCAUUCCUCAAUCAAUUCAAAAUACUUUCAGGAAUUCAAACGUUUUUUUUUUAUUUGGUACUCUUUUAGAACAUAUAUCUGGUAUUACCACAAAUGAAAUGUUGAUACAUAUAUAUGUAUGCUGAUAAUUGUUUAUUUUGUACAAUUAAAUGUACUUAUUAUUACUUUAUUUGAUGUUAUUUUAUACGGCAUUCAUACACAUUUCUUGUCAAUGAUUAUAUUUCAUUCCUCAAUCUAUCCAAAGUACUUUCAGGGAUUCAAUUUUUUUUUUUUUUUGGUACCCUUUCGAAAUAGCCUAUAUCUAACAUUUCAUUAAACUGAUAUAUGUGCCUUUAUUGAUAAUAAUGAAUGAAAUGUACCAUUAUUUGGAGAAUAACCGUUGAUUUCUUAUUCAAAUGCUUAAUAAACCUUUCAUAUGUAUGC